AUGACCUUGGGUAACUACGGUGUCAAACUUGGUAUCACAUUUAAGAGUAGCUCACCACAAUUCCCUUACACAUUUGCACCUCUAAUGGAGGUGGAUUUUACUUUGGGGUUCAUAGAUAUUGGUGUCUUGGUUUCUGGCAUUUUAUUUGGGAUAUUCACAAUGCAGGUCUACAUCUAUCACAGAAGUUUUUCUGAGGAUCCAGGCUGGAUUAAAUAUGGCUUGGUUAAUGGCAUGUGGUUGUUAGAGCUGGCUCAUACUAUCUGUGAAUUUGAUGCACUUUAUAAUUUCAGUGUAUCCCAUUAUGGGGACCCCACAGUGUUUCUUGUUUAUCCCAUUCCAUUUGUGGCUGUGACAUUGUUUGAUGCAUUGAUUGCAACACUUGCACAAGGAAAUUUCACCUACCGGAUUGCCAAAUUGACGGGUCCCCCUAUGUUGUUCCCAUCCUCUGUUGCAUCCUCAUGGUUUGCCAUUCCGUGA